CAGCCUCCGAGGGCAGCGGCGCGGGCGGGAGAGCAGCCGCCGCCGCCGCCGCCGCCGCGACGGCCAGCCGGGCCCGAGCCCCGGCCAGUCCGGAGCCCGCGCCGUCGCCGGCCGCGUCCUCCGGGCAUGGAAGGCGGCGGCAAGCCCAACUCGGCGCCGCACGGCCGCGACGAUGGCAACGGCGUCUUCCCCUCCAAGGCGCCCGCGACGGGGCCGGCGGCGGCCGACAAGCGCCUGGGGACCCCGCCGGGGGGCGGCGCGGCCGGCAAGGAGCACGGCAACUCCGUGUGCUUCAAGGUGGACGGCGGCGGGGCCGAGGAGCCGGCGGGCGGCUUCGAGGACGCCGAGGGGCCGCGGCGGCAGUACGGCUUCAUGCAGAGGCAGUUCACCUCGAUGCUGCAGCCGGGGGUCAACAAAUUCUCCCUCCGCAUGUUCGGCAGCCAGAAGGCGGUGGAGAAGGAGCAGGAAAGGGUUAAAACUGCAGGCUUCUGGAUCAUCCACCCGUACAGCGACUUCAGGUUUUAUUGGGAUUUAAUAAUGCUUAUAAUGAUGGUUGGCAAUUUGGUCAUCAUACCAGUUGGAAUCACAUUCUUUACAGAACAAACAACAACACCGUGGAUUAUUUUCAACGUGGCAUCAGAUACCGUUUUCCUGUUGGACCUAAUCAUGAAUUUUAGGACUGGGACUGUCAAUGAAGACAGCUCUGAAAUCAUCCUGGACCCUAAAGUUAUCAAGAUGAACUAUUUAAAAAGCUGGUUUGUGGUGGACUUCAUCUCAUCAAUCCCAGUGGAUUAUAUCUUCCUUAUUGUAGAGAAAGGGAUGGACUCGGAAGUUUACAAGACAGCCAGAGCACUUCGCAUUGUGAGAUUUACAAAAAUUCUCAGUCUCCUGCGUUUAUUACGCCUUUCAAGGUUAAUUAGAUACAUACAUCAGUGGGAAGAGAUAUUCCACAUGACCUAUGACCUGGCCAGUGCAGUGGUGAGAAUCUUCAACCUGAUUGGUAUGAUGCUGCUCUUGUGUCACUGGGAUGGCUGUCUGCAGUUCCUGGUUCCCCUGCUGCAGGACUUCCCUCCAGACUGCUGGGUUUCUCUCAAUGAAAUGGUGAAUGAUUCUUGGGGGAAACAGUAUUCCUACGCACUCUUCAAAGCGAUGAGUCACAUGCUGUGCAUCGGCUAUGGCGCCCAAGCCCCCGUCAGCAUGUCUGACCUCUGGAUCACCAUGCUAAGCAUGAUUGUCGGGGCCACCUGCUACGCAAUGUUUGUUGGCCAUGCCACAGCUUUGAUCCAGUCUUUGGAUUCUUCAAGGAGGCAGUAUCAAGAAAAGUAUAAACAAGUGGAACAAUACAUGUCAUUCCACAAGCUACCAGCUGAUAUGCGCCAGAAGAUUCAUGAUUACUAUGAGCAUCGGUACCAAGGCAAGAUCUUCGAUGAGGAAAAUAUUCUGAAUGAACUUAAUGAUCCUCUGAGAGAGGAAAUCGUCAACUUCAACUGCCGGAAACUGGUGGCUACGAUGCCUCUUUUUGCUAACGCGGACCCUAAUUUUGUGACGGCCAUGCUGAGCAAGCUGAGGUUUGAGGUGUUCCAGCCUGGAGACUACAUCAUUCGAGAAGGAGCUGUGGGGAAGAAGAUGUACUUCAUCCAGCACGGGGUUGCUGGGGUCAUCACCAAGUCCAGCAAAGAAAUGAAGUUGACCGACGGCUCUUACUUCGGAGAGAUUUGCCUACUGACUAAGGGCCGGCGCACUGCCAGUGUUCGAGCUGAUACAUACUGUCGUCUUUACUCCCUUUCGGUGGACAAUUUUAAUGAGGUCUUGGAGGAAUAUCCAAUGAUGAGACGAGCCUUCGAGACGGUUGCUAUUGACCGACUAGAUCGGAUAGGCAAGAAAAACUCCCUUCUCCUGCAGAAGUUCCAGAAGGAUCUGAACACUGGUGUUUUCAACAACCAGGAGAACGAGAUCCUGAAGCAGAUUGUGAAACAUGACAGAGAGAUGGUACAAGCUAUCCCUCCGAUCAACUACCCCCAGAUGACAGCCCUGAACUGCACAUCUUCAACCACAACCCCAACCUCCCGCAUGAGGACACAGUCUCCACCAGUCUACACUGCGACCAGCCUAUCUCACAGCAACCUACAUUCGCCCAGCCCCAGCACACAGACACCCCAACCCUCAGCCAUCCUUUCCCCCUGCUCCUAUACCACGGCAGUCUGCAGUCCUCCUGUACAGAGCCCCCUGGCCACGCGAACUUUCCAUUACGCCUCUCCCACUGCUUCCCAGCUGUCACUCAUGCAGCACCCACAGCAGCAGCUACAGCAGUCCCCUGCACAGCAGACUCCGCAGCCGCAGCCGCAGCCACAGCCGCAGCCGCAGCCGCAGCCGCAGCCGCAGCCGCAGCCGCAGCCGCAGCCGCAGCCACAGACACCUAGUAGUUCCACACCGAAAAAUGAGGUGCACAAGAGCACGCAAGCGCUUCAUAACACCAACCUGACCAGAGAAGUCAGGCCCCUCUCGGCCUCGCAGCCGUCCCUGCCCCACGAGGUUUCCACUAUGAUCUCCAGACCUCAUCCCACUGUGGGCGAGUCCCUGGCCUCCAUCCCUCAGCCAGUGGCGGCAGUCCACAGCACGGGCCUUCAGGCAGGGGCUAGGAGCACAGUGCCGCAGCGUGUCACCUUGUUCCGACAGAUGUCCUCGGGAGCCAUCCCCCCAAACCGAGGAGUUCCUCCUGCACCCCCACCACCAGCAGCUGUCCAGAGAGAGUCUCCGUCAGUCUUAAACACAGACCCAGAUGCAGAAAAGCCACGUUUUGCUUCGAAUUUAUGAUUCUUGCUGAUUGUCAAAGCAGAAAAGAAACACUCUUAAUAAACAGAAUAUUCUCAGAUAUUAUUUUAUUCUAUCUCAUGAUAGAUCCCUAUAGCCUAUUCUGAAAAGAUAUUUUAGACAGCUCCUGCCUACAUGCAAAUGUAAAAACAUAUAUACAUAUACAAUUUAAUAUACACACACAUAUAUAUCUAAAUACCCAAGAAAUCGUUCAAAAGACUUGUAUAGCAUUCAGUGUUACAUUUGUUCCUUUCUUUAAAACCAUUAAAGGAUUUAACAUGUUGUUGUAAGACAAUUGAUUUUUAAUAUUUUCCUUAAUUCCUUUGCUAUAUGUAUUUCUCCUUUUUAUGACGAGUUCUUGGAAUCAAUGGGAACAAAACUCUGAUUUUAAAAAAGGCAACUCCAAUUAGUUCCAGAAUAGCACCAAUCAAAACUUUCUUUCAUUAGCUCUGCCUCUGCAUCUAGAUUGUUAAUUUUGCGGGAUUCACUAAACUAAUCCCAGUUUAUAGCUCUAAAUUGUAUUUUGGUGCUUUAAAUUUUGAGUUAAGUAAAGGGAUACACUCCAUGCACAGCCACUAUAGGAGACUAACAUUGCCACUGUUAAGGCUUUCUCUAACCUCAAACAUGUUCCUUGAUUUCUGCAAAAGGGUGAGGAGGUAUUUGUCGUCAUGUGUUUUGGACUUUUACCAAGACUCAGUCAAUGUUAGUUGUAAAUAACUUUUCCAACCCAAGUAAACGUAACUAUUCUGUAUUGUAUAAAGGUAAAAGUCACUAAGAAUUUAGUUUUGUUGCUUCACUUCAAAAGUUAGAGUUUUAAAUUUCACAGAACCUAAUAAUUGUGACAAUUGUUCAAAUGUAAUGCAAUGGCUUGAGACCUACAAUAUUAUUUUAACCUGCAAUAUUUUAUGCAAAAUUGUAUGCUUGAAUCUACAAAUUGCUUGUAUUACACCAAAAAUCAUUACUUUUCUUCCUUCUUGACAUAAUCAAGCAUCUGAAACUAGUCCUGGCAUGCUUUUUGGGGCAAAAAAGAAAAAAAAAGUAGAUUCAAACCAAUUAUUGUAAGAAAUGGCUUACAGUAUUUCUCACUUCUAGAAGAGUAUAAUAAUUCAAUAAUUGCCUCUUUUAAAAUUCUUAUAAGGCUGACUUGGAUCUCUGACUUAAAUCUAGAAGUGAGGUUUUCGCUUUAAUUUAAUAUUAUUACUGUUAUUAUCAUUUAAAUGAUUAUUUGCAAAUCACAGCUUGGUUUGGAGUUAAAUGUGUUGUGUCUUCAUGUUAGUUGGUAGUUUACUAUGAUGUUAAUGUGAAGAAAUAAAUAUAAUAUAUCAUCACAUCUGUUUGGAAAUACACAUUUUGCCCUAUGUAUAUUGUAACUAAGCAGUUAGUAAAUCUUAAGGCAUGUGGUAACCAACAUAGUCCUUAGAUAGACAGGAGGUUUGCUCUUUUAAAUGUGCUGAAAGUAAUGUGGACCUGGUGACAGAAAGCAAGGUCGAAGCUGAGCUGUCCGUAAGCAUUGUUUGUUCAUUUGUUUCCUUAAUUCUUUCUGUGAGCAUCAGCCUCUUCUAGAGAAGUCCUUUAGUGAUCAUGUGUGUUUACUGGAUCCCACACAUGUGGUUGAUGACUAGAACAAAACGGCAAGAUUCCCAAUGUCUGACUUCUGACAGUAACUCGGGAGAGUAACCUGGAGUGGUGGGCUUUGGGAGCACAGGUACUGAUGAUCCAUUUAAGAACACACAUUCUGUUAGGACAGGGCCUCCAGAUAGACUUGAGGACAGAGGACAAAGGCAGAAGCAAGAGCUCUAAAGUGGAUCUGUGUUAAGUGUUAAGCCUUUAAGGGAUCUAACACCUAUGAAACCAAAAUGGAUUGUCAUGCUUAAUUGCCAACAGAUCCUAACUUGUGUGGAAGCAAUCAACAAUGCUUGGCAAGGUGAUAUUAUUUAAUACUGACAUGCUGGUGACCAAUGACAGACUGUUGGAAAUAAUGUAAGAGAGAAAUUGUUCAGUCUACCUAGAAUCUAUGGGAAAAUUGCAAGACCAUUUACAUAUCAAUACAAAACUCCUUUAUUUUAUUAAAAUAUAAAAGUUAGCUUCUUAUUAAGAUCAUGCUUUAGUCUUUUAAAUUAUUAAAGGUUUACAUUUGACAGGAUUAAUGGGUUUGGUAGUAAAGUAUUUUUAUAUAUAAAUUUUUUUAGCACUGUUGGGAAACAUCAGCAAAAUUGAAUUGCCUCGUCAUUCAGUGCAACCAUAAAAUUUUUAUUCACUUUGUACUAGAAUGGACAAAGAACCCUAAGCUUUAUAUGUUCAUCUAAAAAAAUGGUACAGGGUAAAUUAUAUACACAUAUGUAUGAAUGUAUAUAUAUAUGUAUAUUUAGAUCAAGGAGAAAGUGACUGAUGUUUCUGUAAUUUAAAGGUACAGUGCUAGGAGAACAUGACCUUUUUUCUCUGUACAUAGUUAAACUCAGGUGUGGAGUUUUAAUCUAUACAGAAAGAACUGUAUUAUGGUAUUUUGCUGCUGAGAAGAUAGGACAGUGGCUGAACUUUACCACUGUAUGAUCAGCGAAGAGUUAGAGUAUUUCUUUUGUCUUUGCUCAAAGCCAUACAUAUAUAAAUAUAUAAAGAUUAUUAAUAAAUCCAACAGAAAAUAAACCAAAAUUAUGAAUAUUUUUUGUUGAACUCUAAUCAAAUGUUUUGACUUGUUGAUGAGUACAGAUUUGCUUAUCUUUCUGUCUUUGUAUAAUUUCCAAGAAGAUUUGUUCUUGAAAAUCACCAUACAAUUAUUACAGACAUUCUAGUAUGAAAAUAAUUUAAAUAGCAUAUGGAUUUUCCAGUCAUCCCUUUUUUUUAGUUUUUUUUUUCCAUACAGUAAAAUUUGUUUAUUUUGUUCCUUACUCUAUGCAUCUUUAGUAUGUGGUGUUUGUCCAGUUUCAAAACACAGCCAUGAUUAUAUUACUGGAUAUGAGGAUGAUGUUGAAUUAUGUACAUGACUUGUUUUCUCUGGGCUUUUCAAAGGCCUCUGAGAGAAUUCAAUGAGUAUAAAUAGUGAAGCACUCUUAAACACAAUGAAGAUAAAAUUGUGGUUUUAACUGGUUGUCCUUCUCAAACACACAGCUCCAGAUCUCUAUGACCUCUCCAUAAGUGAGUGAUUAUCAAAUGGAUGUCAUUCUGCUUUUAAAAUGGCGAUUCUACCAUUUGCAGACUUAAAUGAACAUGGUAUUUUCAGGACACUGCAAAGGAAACAGUCAAGUUAUUCUAACAAUUCUUAUAGAAUAUGAACAAUUUAAACAAUAUGAUGAGCUUAAACUUUUAAAUCCAUUUUGCUGAAAACAGAAUUACUCAUGAUUCAAAGUAUAAAUCAUUUCUAUUGUCUUUCAGAGUUAUUGUGUAAAAUAUCUUCAUAUAUUUUUAUGACUUAUGUUUUUAUCUGGUAAUUUUACUAUAAUUGUUUCCUUUGUCUCUUACUUUCCUUAUUUUCAUAAUAUUAAACUAGAUGACCAAGAUUUUUCUCACUUCUUACCUCCUCCAGCCUUGUAGAGCAUGUCAUGCAAUGCAAGCAUGGAUUUGUUGUUGUUCAUAUUCACUAACCCUAACAAACAUUUACUAUAUGCUAGGUAUGUCAACCUAAAAAUUUAUGUCUGUGCCAUGAGAAACAUGUAUGGCUAGAAUAUCAUUGGGAAAUGCGCUAUACUGAAUUCUGAAUAGUCAAAGAGUAGUUAUGAAUAUCAUACUUCCAAUUGAACAUGUGGCCAAAUUACACCUGAGCUCUUUAACUUUAUUCAAAAUAGUUCCUGAAAUAUUUUCAAAAUGGUAUUAGAGAUUUUCUUUCAAAUAUUUUUUAAAUAUAGUUUUAGGGUUAUUUAUAGUUGAUGAGGUCAUUUGAAAAUAGUGACUUUCUAAAGCAAUUUUAUUUCACUUUUAAGAAAUAAUACUUCUUUUAUCUUAUCUCCACAGUUUCCCCACUCUUCUCUCCUCCCAGCCUCUCCCUGGGCCCCCUCUUUCCCAGAUCCCACACACACCUCCCUUCAAAAAAGAGGAACAUUUUUAUUGUUGUGCGGGUUUUUUUUAAGGCAAAUAAUGAAUUGAUUAUAAAAGACAACCUCAGUAUUAAAAGUAAUGCAGCAACUGAAAAGAAAAAAAAAAAAAAAACCUUUGCCUAACUUCAGAAAAGAUCCAAGUUCAUAUCAAACCAAUCUUCCAUCUCUCAUUUUAGGGUUUUUAAAUAAAGGCCAUAUGCUUAUUGCUGUUCUUCCCUAAGAUAAUUGAUAUCUUCAUGAGCAGGUCAUUUUGGCCUUAGUCACAUUUUUAGCUGGUGAAGUAACCUAUCUUUCACCACAAAGGAGCCCUUCAUUCUAACUCAAAGAACAUGUCAGUGAUUUUCGAAUACUUUACUGCUUUACCAUUUGUGCAUUUCUCUCAAUAAAAUGUCAUUAUUACCUUCUCUUCAUAUUGAAAUAGUCUUUCUCUGACACAAAGUAAUGAGGUAUAAAGAUACUUUUUCAAACAAAUCCAGAAUAACAUUGAGAUGAAUAGUAUACUUAUCCCAUGUACAAAAUCUUAUGUCCCAGAUAACUCAAAACAUGACAAAUAAUAUUUCAUAAAUCAAAAUUAUUAUGCUAACCAUGACCCAAUUAUUCUUAUUUUAAAUUAAGACAGGACCCAAACCCACUCUUACAUGACUGUGCCUCUCUUAUCUCACCAUAAUUCUACUCCUUUUUUCUUAGCCAAAGGUGGGUGAGUAAUGACAAAUGAAGAUUUUGUUGAAAGAAGUCUUGCCAAGACUUGCAACUGAUGCAUCAUGAGACUUCUUUAAAGAUGCUAUUAAAAGAAAAGCUAUGCAAGUCUAUGAAUUUAUUUUCAAGAUAGUAGAUGUAGAGAAAAACAACUGUAGAAAGAAUAAAUUCUGAAGAACCCAUCUAUAUGCAAUGGUAAAGGAAAUGUGCUUCUAAAAUAUGAAUGAUUAACAGAACACUGGUGGUUUGUAAUAGUCACAUCUUGCUGACGCUAGAAUGCCUCAUAGAUUUAAAAAAAACAGAUUUGAAAUGGUAAAAUUGGAUUUAAACCCUUCUUUUUAGAAGGGUUUAAAUUUUAAUUAUCCUACCAAAGGUUUUAUAAUUUUAUACUUUAAUCUUAAUUUUAUGAAGCAAUCAAAUAAUUUAUGGUGAAAUUUGUGUUUGCUAAUGUAAAUGAAAUAAAAUUAAUUUGUGUCAGUGUAAGAACUAAGGCUAUUUUGUUACCUCACAUUACUUGUGAGAAGGCUAGGCCUGAAGAAAGACCCAGUGUUUGCCAAAGACUGAGAAUAAGUUUGGAAAAACAAAAAUUCAUCAGCUUGCCAUAUUGAAAACAGUAUGAGCACGAAGAACAAAAGUGAAAAUGAGUUAAGGUACAUGGCAGAGACAUGAUUUGGAUUCAACUGAAGCUAGUUUUCCGGAACUGCCUGGUAGUAUCAUGUUUCAUAGACAUUGUAGACAUUGUCUACACAAAUAUAGAUAUUCUUUGGAGAUAUUUUAUUUCUAGUAUAUAAUAAAUGUUCAUUCAACUCGAUGAGAACUGCUCUUUAUUAUUCUGUGAUUAUAACUAUUAUAACAUUUGAGUAGACAGUGCUACUCAUUCCUUCAGUUGGACACACCUACAAAAAUUGAUGCAUAUAGCAAUUUUUCAAAAAAAAGUAAGGGUUUUUAAUUAUUUUAAAAUAAUUAGAUUUAUUUAAAUGACUUAAAGUUACUCAUAAUUCUUAAGCAGAAAAAAUGGACUUCUGCCACAACAGAAGUUAAAAUUUCUUUAGAUUAAGAGUAGGUUUCUAUAAAGAAAAUUUGUAUUUGUAGAGGCAAACACAUUUUCUUAAAACUUGUUUAGUUUCCAUUUAAAUUGUGGCAACAUCCUCAGAAAUUGGAGACAUAAUUUGGAGGAAGUAAUUGCAUAACUCAUCUGAGAGAUCAAAAACCAACUUUUACAACGUUUAGUGUCAUUUAUUUUUAGUAAUUUAUGUGGCAAGGGCCUUUGAUUCUAAGUAUUAAAAAAUAAAAAAUACUUGCCAAAAUCCUUUAAUAUAUACUGCCAAUGUCUUAUAUAAAACUCCAGAGAAAACAAGCAUUUCUGAGUAGCUGAAAGUAUGAUAUUCUGAUAUUUAUAUUAAAGUAUUGGACCUCAGUAAUAUUAAAUAGCAUUUCAUAGACACAAUAUCUGCAUAGACCAAGUAGCAUAUGUCUUCCAUAUAUCUCUAUUGCAAAGAUUCUAUUUAUACUAAUAAUAUUGGCUCACGGACCAAAGUAUAGAAGGGUGCAAGCACAGUGUUCUUCAGAGUCAUCAUCAUAGGAUGCUAGACACAUUCCCAAAACAACAUAAAUCAAAAUCUUUUUGGCCUUCCAAUCAAGAACAGCAUUCAGGGGCAGUGCCAAGUUCGUAUGAAUAUUGAAAACAACGAUUUAUCUCUUCUUGGCAACAGUAAUCUCACUUUGGGAGUUAGCCAAAAUUAAUUUCAAGCCAUAUUUCCUCAGUCUGAUAAAUGAUCAGAAUAGCACCAUGUGUGUAGCUCAUAAACUUUCCCUACAUGUCUACAGAGAAUCUGAAAGCAUUCCCACAUAUAGUUUCACAGAGUCUGCCUAUGCAGAAUGAAAGCACUGUCAUAUUUACAGUAAAAGGGGUAAUGUCCACUAGACUUAAAUAUAAAAUAUUUUAAAAUAUUUUUAGUUUCUUAGAGGCAAAAUGACCAUCCAUUUGCACACCUUUUUAAUGGGAUAAAUGUUUACAUAGGAGACUCCAUGUUUUUAUGAGUAAAUGGUAUUGGCUUUUAAUAGUUUAAAGGAACUCUUUGCAUUGAUAAUGGUAAUAAAGUGAACUAUCUUUAUAUUAUUCUUUACCAAAAGUGCAUGAGUAAAAAUAUGUUACAUUAUUUUGAUAUUCUCUAUGGUAAAUAUGAAUGUUGACCAUUAUCAUUUCCUGUAUACUGUUGUUUUAUGUUAAAUUUGACUGGAUUUCUAGUAAAAUGACAAAGAUACUUUCUACAUAGCAAAACAAAGGGAAGGGAAGAGGGAAACAGGGAGAGAGGGAAACUGAGGGAAUUUGACCCAGUAAUAUUACUUUUUUAGUCAGUUGAUUAUAAGCAUAUAACUGUAUCAUCAAUCUGAUUGUUAAUUGGAUGUGGGAGGAAAAAAACAAUAGAAAUUGUGACAAUUCCAGAAAGCUUCUCAAGGAUUUUAUUAGAAAUGUUGGACACUUUGCAAAUGAUCAGUCAUGGGUGUUAUAGAAGAAUUUGGGGUAUUAUUUCAGGAUAGUCUUUCUUUCCUUUAGGCAAGUGGUUCUCAAUCUGUGGGUCAUGACUCCUUUGAGGGGUCAAACAGCCCUUUCGCAUGAGUAGGCUAGUACCAUCACAAACACAGAUAUUUACAUUAUGAUUCAUAACAGAAACAAAAUGAAUGUUAUGAAGUAGCCAUGAAAAUAACUGUAUGGUUGGGGUCACCACAACUGGACGUAUUGUAUAAACAAGUAGCAGUAUUAGGAAGGUAGAGAAUUACUUUAAUUGUAAUGCAUUAUAAUUGUUCAACUGACCGGUGGGCAUGUCUCCAUGCCAAGAAAUGAGGUUGUGUCUUUAAAAUCUCAAGCAACUUAGAAAACCUAUCUCAAGGGUUUCCUACCUAUCAAAUCUACACACCAUGUUUAUAUAAAAGAAAUAUUCCUGUGAUAACAACAGGAUUAUGAUUUCUGGCAAGACAAUUUUUAUAUUCUAAUGGCAUUAGAUAUCAUAAAUUAUGAAUCCAUUAAAAGUUUUAUGGGGUUACUAUGAAUAAGUACACAAUGUCACAGAAAAUUUGUAAGUAAGCCCAUCAGCCCUUUAUAUUACAUAAGAACAGGAGAGAAAGAGGGACUGGCCACCAACUAAAAAGAGAAAGACUGAACAUUUCAGUUCUUAAUCAUCUUUUAAAUGUAUAGUUGUGGUUUAUUUUCUUCCAGCCUCGUCAAGAAUUGAGACCUAACUCACAAACAAUGUCUAUAGGCCUUAGGUUCCAAAGCAAACAAAUUAAGAACAUGGGAAAUAUAAAGUGUAAAGCCAUCCAGUUCAGGUGUAAGAACGAGGAAAAAUGAAUGACACAGAUGAAUAUCAGAUGAAAGCAUCAUUCAGUGUUCAUUUCUAUUAUGUGUUACUACAAGGGUCGCUCUAAAGACAAAUAGAAACAUAACAGUGACCUGGGUAGGAAGACUGUUUUAAAACAUGUAACAGUAAGUUUUUUAUUGUGUAUGGGGCUUAAUGUUGUCAUCAUUUAACAUCACACACUAUAUGACUUACCUGCAGUGUAUUUCUACAGAUUAUUUCCUCCCUGUAGGCCUUUCUCCCCAGUCUACUCCAUAACUGUCUUGUAUGAUAUUUAAAAAAAAUAUUCAAAAAGUCAUGUGCUUUAAAAUACACUCCUAAAAUGGGUACUUCAAGCCAAAAUAGAUAUCGUAUGUUCAGCCAUAAAAUAUGAAUAAAUUAAAAAGAGUUUUAAGGGGUUAAUCUGAAAUUGCAAUGAGAAUACACAAGUGGUAAGCUGGGUGUGGUGGCACACACCUUUAAUCCAGCACUCCUGAGAAAGAGUCAGGCAGCUCUCUGAGAUCUAGGACAGCCUACUCUACACAGUGAGUUCCAGGAUAGCCAAGGCUACAGAGAAACCCUGUCUCAAAAAGGAAAAAAAAAAUGCAGAUGUGGAAGAGGAAGGUGUAAUCUUCAAGACUGAGCUUCAACUUCUCAGAAAUAAAGGAGAGAGUAGGAACAUAAUGAGGAAACCAACAAGAUCCACAUUUUCAGAUCUAACUUUGCAACCCUUCUGAACUAUUCGAUGGUAAUGACAUCAACACAAAUUCUAAGCACAGUGUGGUUCAAGAACAGUUGUUACUGAGGAAAGAGAUAAUGUUGAGAGAAUCCAGGAUGGAGUUAGGUCAAAUAUGUGCCUGAUUUGUUGAAAAGAUACCCACAAACAAACAAAACAAAACAAAGGCAGCUUUUCACUCCAGAUAGAGGCAAACCUACCAACAGGAAAAGCAUGGGGUGGUAAACAUAAAAGCCUUCAGAUAUACAGAUGCUUGAAUGGCCUCUGAAGUACCAUGGUGACAGGGUUUCCCAGCAUCCCACCAUAAUGGUAUCAGUGCUCACAUAGAACUGCAUGUCAAAGGUGCAUCUCCUCUUCCACACAUGCAAGAGCCAGCUUCUUUCUGACAAGGAUGUUAGCAUUUUUUAAAUUUUUAUUUGUUUGUUUAUUUUUACAAUUUAUUCACUUUGUAUCCAGGCUAAUCUCCUCCCAAUCCCAUCCCUCUCCCUCUUCUUCUAUGCUCCUCCCCUAGUCCACUGACUCAUCGGGACUGGCUGAGAUGGCUCAGCUGUUAAAGGUUAGGCUCACAAUCAUAAAUGUUAGCCUUUUUUCUUUGCAUUAUAAUCAGUAGCAUUCUUCAUAUAAAGAGUUUCAACUUAGCAAGUCCCAUCCUUAGAUGGUAGAAGUGUAUAUGGGAAUAGUGUGACAAAGGUUUGUCCAAUGUAAUUGUCUCACAGCGUGUACUCAUUAAUUUCUAAAUUAUUUUAAAGGUUCUUCAUUAAUUGUAUUCAUGCUGUAGGUAAAACAUAUUUCUAAAUACAUAACAUAUUUUGUUCUACCAAUAAAAAUAUCAGUACAGAAGAAGGAACCAGGAUAAAAUUUUUACUGUAUAAGUAGGCUUGAGAACUAAAGUCAUCAGUGCUGAUGGGCAAGGCUAUUUCUUUUAAUAACACUCCUACUGGUGAACAUUUCAAUCUUUUUUCCUUUUUCUUAACUUCAUAUUUCUCCCGUUUUUCUUUCCUUCUUUUUCUACCCCUCUAUCUCUAGUUUUCUAUUACAUGUUGUUUUUAAUUUUUUACAUUGCCAUAUAAUCCUGGCUAUUCUAGAAUUCACUGUGUAGACCAAGUUGCCCUUGAACUUUUGGAAAUCCUCCUGUCCCCUUAAUGUUUGGAUUAUAGGUGCAUGCCACCAUAACUGAUGGAAAGAAGAGUUUCUAUGAGACGAUAAAAAAAAAGUAUUUGACUUAGAAUAAAUAAAGUGAUGAACAGGAAAAUUACCAAGCAGAGGGAGAAUCAGAUCCAUUUGAACAUAUCAAACUGGACUGACUAUAUUUUUCCACAAGUUUCUUAUCACCAGAUUUGUAAAAAUCUGAAUGUGACUAUUAAAGAAUUAUAUUUAGGAACAUGGCUCCUAUUGAAGACAUAUUCCCAGUUAAUGAAGCUUUCACAUUUCUGUUGGAAACUGGAUGUGUAGCCAGAGGUAUUCAAAUGGUAACAUCUAAAGGAUAUCCAGUGGUCCUUUUAGAUGUACUGUUUCUUCUAUGCUGAUUUGAACUCCUGCUAUUUAGCCAUGUUGUUUCCUUUUGCUUGUUUCAACUUUAUUGACAUAUAUGUACAUACAUAUAUGUAUACAUGUAUAUAUACAUAUAUAUCUUGAAGUGCAAAUUAAGCUAUUAUUUCUGCGUCUUGUUUAGGUUUUUAUCAACUAAUCGGAUUCAUUCCUUGAAUAGUGAAAUGUGUCAAGAAAUAUUCUUGGUUUUAUAUAUAUAACUAUGAUUUAAAAAACAAAAAUUUGGAGCUAGAGAAAUGACUCAGGGGUUAAGAACAUUUACUGCUCUUGUAGUGGAGCUGGGUUUAGUUUGAACUCUUCACAACUGCUUGUGAUCACAGUUCCAAGAAAUCAAGGGAUCUAGUGUCCUCUUCUGUACUCUAAAGGGAACCAUAAUGCACAUGGUAUACAUGCAUACAUGCAGGCAAAACCCCAUGCACACAAAAACACAAAGAUCUUUUCUUCUUAAUUAAAAAAAAAGUGAACAAGAAGUGUUGUGGUCCUAUUAAGUUGAUGUCUUUAAAGAAAGAAAAGGGAUGAUAAACAAGUCAGGAAAAGCAUGGAUAGUGGAGAAAGUUUUGGAGGAAAGGGAUGAAGGGGAGGGAUAUAGACUGCUGGGAAGAAGGACUGGGUGGAGGUGCUGGUUUCAGUACCUUGGUCAAGGGUUUUCAAGAGAGAGAGAGAGAGAGAGAGAAAUGAACACUAAGCAAAGACUGCAAACAAACAGAUUAUCUGAUAGCCCAUUGUCUUUGUGUGCCUUGCUACUGAAACAGUGACAGAUGGAUUGGCAACAUUAGACAUUUGUAUUAAAUGCAAGAUCCUGGGCCUGAUGACACACAAGCAGGAAAUGUGCUUUCUAACAGAGUCCUGGGAUAUUCACAUGCGUUUUACGGUUGAGAAGCAUAACCAUGGUAAAGUCCUAGGGAGGAAAGUGAACUUUCAGGUAUAUGGACAUUUCCGGGAAUGUUACAUCACAAUAAAAGGUUUUGGCUACACAGGAAGAGUAAGGGGGCCUCUGAUAAACAUGCAGAUCCUGAAUGUCAUAGUCAAUUUUACAUGUCAUCAUUUUACCCUGGACAGUCCUUGCUUUGAUUUACACUCUUUUUCCAAGCCUGCCUCCUGAUACUUCGAUUGAAACAAAAAAGAAAUAAAUGAUUAAAUGUUAUGUUAUAA